AACAAGUUCAUAUGACUUAAUUGCGGGCCGUACCUAAUAUAUCGCGCCAUCUGUUCGGUGAUCAGCUGUUGUCGGCGCAUGUGCAACCGCGAGGGGGGCUCCGCUGUCCGCAGGCGACAUCGACGCGCAGUGCGCACCCUCGCGUCGACGCGUCCUUCCCGCAUUUGCGCGAAACCGCCGGUUGUAAAUGGACGCGUGCGUGGCCGGCUCGGUGUGAACUAGCUCUCGCUGUUGUGUGACGUCUCGGAGUCGCGACUCGCGGCCCAGUGGGCUCGGCGCCAGCAUGGACGCGUUGCUGGCAGCGCUCGUGGCGCUCAUGGCAGUUGCCGCCGCGAUGGCCGCCGUGCUCAGCACGCUCUCCAAGGCGGCGAUAUUCGCCAUCCUCGCGGUCGCGCCAUGCCUCUACCGAUACAGAAGACAAAUCUACAUUAUCAUCAAAACGCUGCCCAGGGACCUCAAAUUUCUAUGGCGCUAUGCAAACGGCAUGAUCAGUUCGAAGAGAUGGGGCAGGCAGGACUGUACGGUGCCGUAUCUCUUCAACAAACGCGCGAAGAUGAAUCCCGAUGGACCCUGUUUCAUUAUCGUCGGAGAGCGCACAUGGACUUAUCGUGAGAUGGCAGUAAACUCCAAUCUGGUAGCACGAGUGAUGCAAAUGCACGUCGGGUUGAGGCGAGGCGACGUGGUGUGCGUAUUCAUGCCGAACUGCGGCGAGUACGUGUGGACGUGGUUGGCAAUGGCCAAGCUGGGCGCCGUGUCCGCGCUUAUCAACAGUAACCUGCGCCACAAGCCGCUACUGCACUGUAUACAGGUCGCUAAGGCGAAGGCUAUAGUCUUCUCGGACCAACUGGCUGAUGCCAUAGAAGAAAUCCGCGACCAGUUACCGACGAAUCUCAAGCUGUUCCAGUUAUACGGUGAAUGCAAGCCGGGUGUGCUGGACUUGCGCGCUGAAAUGCAAAGACACCCCACCAAGUAUCCCGUAGUGGCGGACAAACCUCACUACAAAGACACGUUGCUGUAUAUUUAUACAUCCGGCACUACUGGAAUGCCUAAGGCAGCUAUCAUGCCCAAUUCUAAAUACUUACUGGUGGUUGCGGCGACGGUGCAUAUGCUGGGCCUGAAGAAAUCGGACCGCAUGUACAACUCGCUGCCGUUGUACCAUAUGGCCGGUGGGGUGGUGGGCACCGGCGCCGCGCUCGUCGCAGGCAUACCAUCAGUGCUCAGAAGCAAGUUUUCAGCGAGCAACUUCUGGACUGAUUGCAUCAACUAUGAGUGUACGGUUGCGCAGUACAUCGGUGAAAUGUGUCGGUAUCUGCUCGCGCAGCCGCCGCGGCCCACCGAUUCGCAACACCGCGUGCGCAUCAUGGUGGGCAACGGCAUGCGCCCCGCCAUCUGGCAGCAGAUCGUCGACAGGUUCAAAGUGCCCCAGAUUAAUGAAAUUUACGGCGCAACGGAGGGCAAUGCCAACAUAAUAAACGUGGACAACACAGUGGGCGCAGUCGGUUUUCUGCCCAAGCUGGUGCCCACGAGCCUGCAUCCAAUCGCCCUCGUGCGAGCUGAUGAACACGGCAACCUCGUGCGGGGCCCCGAUGGAUUUUGCAUCCGGUGUCAACCAAACGAGCCGGGCAUGUUCAUCGGGCUGAUAGCUCAAGGCAACGCGUCACGAGAGUACUACGGAUACGUCGAUAAGGACGCCAGCAACAAGAAGCUGGUCCGCGACGUGUUCUGCAAGGGCGACGCGGCGUUCGUGGGCGGCGACAUCCUGGUGGCGGACGAGCUCGGCUACCUGUACUUCCGCGACCGCACCGGCGACACGUACAAGUGGAAGGGCGAGAACGUCGCCACCGCCGAGGUGGAGGACGUCAUGUCGCCCGCACUCGACCAACGGCCGUGCGUUGUUUAUGGAGUUUCGAUUCCUCAGACGGAAGGCCGCGCCGGUAUGGCGGCUAUCGCUGACCCCACGGGCAGUUUGGACAUGAAGAAGUUGGCCAGCGAACUAGACGACUCGCUGCCGUCGUACGCGAGGCCUCUGUUCCUGCGCAUCAUGAACGAUAUCGAGAUUACGAGUACAUUCAAACUAAAGAAACUGCAAUACCAGAAAGAGGGCUUCGACCCGGACGUUAUCAAGGAGCCGCUGUACUUCAGAUCUGGCGCUAGCUUCGUGCCGAUCACCUCCCAGCUCUACACCGACAUCUGCACCGGCAAGGUGAAACUCUAAGCAUUCACCGGCCCGGCGACACCGGACCAUUCCCUAGCAUAAUAUUUAUGUAAAUUUUUGUGCGGAUAAGGAUUAUAUCUGUGACGGCAAAGCUCAAGUCAAUGACGUUGACUCAAUACAAAAUAAUGCGAUGUAACUAAAUUUACGUACGUUCAACAUUAACCUAGUAACGCUUAAACGAGAGUUGUACAAGCAAACUACCCACAUUUUAAAAGACGGUCUGUUAGACAAUGGUUGAUUCCAUUUUCAUUAUAUCAGGUCUAUUUUGAAUUAUAUUAACGAGCUGUGUAAAGAGGCGCGUUUGACGCGUUCAUGUUAGAUACAAGUGUUGUGAUGACACUAUAUAAAUUUAUACUUAUAUAGCGGUAGUUGGACAUAAGUAAUAUGGAAUAUGUAAAUUUCUGUUACAACGGUUUCAUGAAAGUUAACAGAUAGAAUUUUUUACUCGUUAAUAAUCGGAAUGUUUGCAAACAGCACGUACUAUUAAUCGCUUAUUACGAAGACCAAGUUAGACAAAAUUAUGUUUUAAGGUUCGCGCACAUCUACGCAUACAGCACCGCGUCGUAAGUAACAAAAAGAUGGUACUGUAAAUUGCUUAUUACAUGGCAUGUGGGAGUCAGAUUGAUCCAAAGAUUUAGUCAGUCGUAGGUUUUUAUACGAUGCGUUGCAGCCCAAUGUGCGCGAACCUAUGUGAUGUGUUUAGUUAUCUAUGUUAUGUUAAUUAAUUAAGGUCCACAUCGAUUUUCCUAUCUGUGCUCAUUUUGCUUUACUGUACUUAAAUAAUAUUAAAGGCACUAUUGUUUACGUUGUUUUGUUAAAGAUUAAUGUAUUAUUUAUUUGUUCACAUUACAAUAUGCAAGGUAAAUAAAUUAGUUCACCAAAUAGAGAACAUUCCACAUCUAGUCACAUAUGAAUUUGUUUAAUUUAGUUUGCAUGGCAUUAUAUUCGGUUUUCUAUAUAAAUAUUUGGUUUUCUUAGAUAAUUUUGCCUUUGGUUUAUAUAUAGGUGGGACGCUCAUUGUCAAGGUGCCUACUUAAGUUUUUAUUGAAAACUCCAAGUACCGAAGUCAUUUUGAAUUGGAAUAGGAACAUAUAUAAAAAUAUUUAUUUGAUCUUACUGGCACCUACAAAGCGCUCUUAUUUUAAUUGAUGUUUAAAAUAUGAUCUCACCAUGGCAAUGUUAAAAUUUGCAUAGAUUUAUUAGUAAUUGCAUAUCUGAAAUAUUAAUAGGUACUCCUAAUUGGCUCAAGAUCACUUAAAACAAUUAUUGUAAUUGUCAAAUUAUUUUAUAUUUAAAUUUUGGUGCCUUGUGACGCAAAGCCGCUGCACUGUAGUAUAAUUUAGGGAAUUUUGAAUUUGCUCUGUAUCAAAAUUCGGUGACAAGUUGUAAAUAAAUAUUACACAAAUAAAAA